GCUGGAAGUGGAAUUCCAUGGGUAAUGAUGAACGAGAGAGGGAUCUCAUGGAUAAUGGUGAGCCAGAGGGAUCCCAUAGGUAAUUAUGAAUGAAAGAGGAGUUCCAUGGAAAGUGGUGAGCCAGGGAGAAGAAUCCCAUGGAGAAUGAUGAAUGAGAGAGGAAUUCCGUGGAUAAUAAUGAAUGAGAGGGAUCCCAUGGACAAUGAUGAGGCAGGGAGAAGAAUCCCAUGGAUAAUGAUGAGCAAGGGAGAGGAAUUCCAUGGAAAAUAGUGAAUGAGAGAGGAAUUCCAUGGAAAGUGGUGAAUGAGAGGAAUUCCAUGGAUAAUAAUGAAUGAGAGGGAUCCCAUGGAUAAUGGUGGGGCAGGGAGAGGAAUUUCAUGGAUAAUGAUGAGCAAGGAAGAGGAAUUCCAUGGAUAAUGGUGAGCCAAAGGGAUCCUGUGGAUAAUGGUAGGGCAGGGAGAGGAAUUCCAUGGACAGUGGUGAAUGAGGAAUUCCAUGGAUAAUAAUGAAUGAGAGGGAUCCCAUGGAUAAUGGUGAAUGAGGAAUUCCAUGGACAAUAAUGAAUGAGAGGGAUCCCAUGGGUAACAGUGGGAUGGGGAGAAGAAUCCCACGGAUAAUGAUGAGCAGUGGAGAAGAAUUCCAUGGAAAAUGGUGAGCCAGGGACAGGAAUUCCAUGGAUAAUGGUGAAUGAGAGAGGGAUCCCAUGGAUAAUGGUGAAUGAGAGAGGAAUUCCAUGGAUAAUGGUGGGGCCAGAGGGAUCCCAUAAAUAAUUACGGAAGAGAGAGGAAUUUCAUGGAUAAUGGUGAGCCAAAGGGAUCCUGCGGAUAAUGGUGAAGCAGGGAGAGGAAUUUCACAGGUAAUGGUGAAAAGAGAGGAAUUCCAUGGAUAAUGGUGAAUGAGAGAGGGAUCCCAUGGAUAAUGGUGAAUGAGAGAGGAAUUCCAUGGAUAAUGGUGGGGCCAGAGGGAUCCCAUAAAUAAUUACGGAAGAGAGAGGAAUUUCAUGGAUAAUGGUGAGCCAAAGGGAUCCUGCGGAUAAUGGUGAAGCAGGGAGAGGAAUUUCACAGGUAAUGGUGAAAAGAGAGGAAUUCCAUGGAUAAUGGUGAAUGAGAGAGGGAUCCCAUGGAUAAUGGUGAAUGAGAGAGGAAUUCCAUGGAUAAUGGUGGGGCCAGAGGGAUCCCAUAAAUAAUUACGGAAGAGAGAGGAAUUUCAUGGAUAAUGGUGAGCCAAAGGGAUCCUGCGGAUAAUGGUGAAGCAGGGAGAGGAAUUUCACAGGUAAUGGUGAAAAGAGAGGAAUUCCAUGGAUAAUGGUGAAUGAGAGAGGGAUCCCAUGGAUAAUGGUGAAUGAGAGAGGAAUUCCAUGGAUAAUGGUGGGGCCAGAGGGAUCCCAUAAAUAAUUACGGAAGAGAGAGGAAUUUCAUGGAUAAUGGUGAGCCAAAGGGAUCCUGCGGAUAAUGGUGAAGCAGGGAGAGGAAUUUCACAGGUAAUGGUGAAAAGAGAGGAAUUCCAUGGAUAAUGGUGAAUGAGAGAGGGAUCUCAUGGAUAAUGGUGAAUGAGAGAGGAACUCCACGGAUAAUGGUGAAUAAGAGAGGAAUUCCAUGGAAAGUGGUGAGCCAGGGAGAGGAAUUCCACGGAUAACAGGGUUAGGGACCUCAUCAACUCCCGCUCUGGACAGGGGCUGGAUUUCAGGACCACUUCCAACAGGAUGGCGAGAGGAACGCAGGAACUUGUGACAAAUCAUCCCCCGAGGGUAGGGAGGUGACAAUUCCUCAACCAGCCCCUUCCCAACCCCCCUCUCCUCGUGUCCCUGCAGGAAAACUCGCGGACCAUGAAGGCGGCCCUGGCGCUCCUCCUCCCGCUGGCGCUCGCCCUGGCGCCGGUGGCGAGCGGGCAGCGGCGGAAACCCCCGCGCAGACCCACCCGGCCGCCCGCGCCCUUCGAGGAGCCGGCGGAACCCACGGAGCUGCCGCCUCCCCUCCCUCCGGGCCCCCCAUCCAUCUUCCCCGACUGCCCCCGCGAGUGUUACUGCCCGCCCGACUUCCCGUCGGCGCUGUACUGCGACAGCCGCAACCUGCGCACGGUGCCGCUGAUCCCGGCGCGCAUCCACUACCUGUACCUGCAGAACAACUUCAUCGCCGACCUGCCCGAGGAGUCCUUCCGCAACGCCACCGGCCUCAAAUGGGUCAACCUGGACAACAACCGCAUCCGCAAGGUGGACAGGAAGGUGCUGGAGAAGCUGGAAAAUCUCAUUUUCCUCUACAUGGAGAGGAACCAGCUGAAGGAGGUGCCGGCUUUCCUGCCGCCCAACCUGGAGCAGCUGCGCCUCAGCAGGAAUCAGAUCUCCAGGAUCCCCGCUGGUGUCUUCAACAAGCUGGAGAACCUGGUGCUGCUGGACCUGCACCACAACAAGCUGAGCGAUGGUGUCUUCAACAAAAACACCUUCAAGGGGCUCAAGAACCUCAUGCAGCUCAACCUGGCCCACAACAUCCUGAGGAAGAUGCCCCCCGGCGUGCCCAGCGCCAUCCACCAGCUCUUCCUGGACAGGAACAACAUCGAGGACAUCCCCAGCGAUUAUUUCAAGGAGUUUCCCAACCUGGCUUUCAUCCGGCUCAACUACAACCAGAUCUCGGAUAAGGGGCUGCCCAAAAACUCCUUCAACCUCACCAACCUGCUGGUGCUGCACCUGGCCCACAACAAGCUCACCAACGUGCCCUUCAUCAGCCCCAAGCUGGAGCAUCUCUACCUGAACAACAACUCCAUCGAGAAAAUCAACGGCACGCAGAUCUGCCCCACCUCCCUGGUGUCCAUCCAGGAUUUCUCGCCCUCCGACCUGGACAGCGUCCCCCGCCUGCGCUACCUGCGGCUGGACGGGAACCUGCUGAAGCCGCCCAUCCCCCUGGACCUGAUGCUGUGUUUCCGCCUGCUCCAGUCCGUGGUGUUUUAGUCCUGCCCCGCCUCGCCCAGGCCCGGCUUAGCUCGGACAUUUCAUCCCCGCCGGUGUUUGACACGUGGGACCUUCUCUCCUCCCUCUC